AUGGGCCCUAGGAGCACACGCACGAGUGGCCUCCGGCUAGAAAUCAGCCUGAUCCUUUUCCAAGUCGGUGUGGUGGGUGCCUGCACUGUGUACGUGCUACAACCAGGUUACCUAGAGGUGGACUACGAUUCGGAGGCUGUCACCAUGGAGUGUACCUUUUCUACAGUUGGAUGCCCUCCAGUGCCACCAAAGAGCUUGUGGUUUCGCUGUGGCACUCACCAGCCUGAAGCUCUGUGCUUGGAUGGAUGCAGAAAUGAGGCAGACAAGUUCACAGUGAAAGAAAUCCUGGACGAGGACCGAGUCUUCCUCACUGUUAACAGACUGUCUCCAAAUGACAGUGCAAUUUACAUCUGUGGAGUAGCAUUUCCCAAUGAAAUAGCACCAAGCUCUAAACACAUUGGAAACGGGACUACACUGGUGGUGAGAGAAAGACUUUUCAGCAAGGAGGUGCGCAGUUUCCUGAUAGCGCUGUUAGCACUGCUCUCUGUCUACAUCACCGGUGUGUGUGUGAUCUUCACAGUCCUCUUCAAAUCAAAAUCUAACGGUCCAAGAAGCAGAGGAACCAAAGGCUCAAAAAAGAAGAGUGCUCGGCGUAUCUUUCAGGAAAUUGCUCAAGAAUUAAGCCAUAAGAGAUAUGUGGAAUCAAGUCAUCAACCUGAGCAAGAUGGCACUUAUGAAAACAGAAAAGCACUCUCCAACCCUGGAAGAGCAUAGAUGUGCUUACUUUUUACUUAAACCACUGACAGUGCAACUCCAGAAUCUACGGCAAUGUGAAUGGACAUGCAGCAAUCAAGACAACAUCAAAGAGAGCUGGGGUAUAUAGCUCAGCUGGCAGAGUGCUUGCCUAAUAGGCACAAAGUCCUAGCUUGAUCCCCAGCACCACAUAAACUCAGCAAAGCCCGUAUUCCCAACAUUGUGAAGUAUUAAGAGAGUCAGAAGUUCAAAGUCAUCCCAGUAUAGGAUGAACCUGAGGUCAAAGACACAUUAUCUCGUCUCAAAAACAACCACCACCACCAAAGGCAGAGCCUAAGAAGCUGUCACUAAUUAUAGCUACAGAAUGAGAAAACCUCAAGAAAACUCAACUGGAGGACCUUUUUUUCUAAUUUUCCAGGAACAGUCUAAGAAGCCUCAUUUUAAAGAAAAACUUGAUCUUAACCGUUUUUAAAAACUGUUAUGUUUAUUUCGUCAGUCCACCCAACAUACUAGAUGUGUGAUAGCCAUUAACUGGGAGAAGGCUUCAAGUUAAACCACAGAUCUCAGUUCUGAGGGGGAAAUACUUUCCUGAGUUGUAAAAAUGAUGAAACAAUUAGAAUCAAGUGAGAAGGGCAAAAGGAGUAAGAAGAAGAGCAAUUUCUGAGUAAGAGAAACUCAUUGUGAACAGUAUCUUGGAACAAAAGUGAUUUCUUCUGAUACUGUAACGGAGCAGUGGGCGGUGAACAUUCUCCAGCUGAGGUAUACAAAACAACUUAGGUUGUACCACCAACAAAACAAUACUACAAGAGACCAGAGGAUGACUAUAAACAGAGGAAAUCCAAAGCCUAUCAGAAAAUACCUCAGGAAUGCAGACAACUGACUCUAGAUGUCAGUGUGGUGCCAAAGAACUGCAGACCUAGUGAACUUGAAAGCAGGGUCUGAUACAACAAGGUCCUCACUAUCUCACUAAGGUGACCUGAGCCAGGCAUGCUGGCACACACCUUUAAUCCUAACAC